AUGUCUCGACUCAGUCAGUUGGCGUGCUACGCCGGGCUCAUCGCUGGAGCAACGGCACCGAAUUUUUCAGCAGCAGUCUCAAUUUGGUCAGCUACAGUUAAUCCGCACGGCAAGAGCCUAGACAUAGGGCUACCUUCCUUCGCUGACGCGGGAACUGCGCCUGCUGCCGAUGACAAGACUGACGAGUGCUUACCCGUUCUAAAUAAACUUCGAGUAGAAGGGUUGAAUAAUUUGUUGAGCGAGCUAGCUAAAGCAGAAGAAAACGAUGUUACCUCAAGUCUUCAGCCCUCAAAAAAGCUUGGGGACAAAACUAAAGUCACCGAAAUCGCAGUGGAACUUGCGGGAGAAGAUAAAAACUGUGCAGCAACAAAUGCAGCGGCAUCACCGUAUUCUGGACUUGUAAUUACUUUUGAUUAUUCUACGGCGUUCGACUGCGAGGCUCUGAUCAAUGAGUCUUUCACUGCAGGGCUGAGCCAUCUUCAACAGGCGAACUACGACGCAUCGGAUGAAGCCGCCAAAAUGGGGAAGGCUCCACUGGACAACCUAGCAGCAAAGAAUCUUGCGCGAAUGGUGUCCACUAAGGCGAAGAAAGUGGCGUGUGCCGCCACUACAGACUGUGAACAGGGUAAAAACGUUCUAUUUUGCUACUUCAUAGAGCCUUUGGAGGAGGAUGAAACGAAGCCAAUUGAGGCUGAUGUGUACGAGGCGCUGUUAGAGCGACAGCGGGGCUCAGCGUGGAUAACAGUUCCUGGCAUUACAGCCGCACUUUUCUCCCUUGCGUUGAUUUUGUUGAGCUGA